UCUGAAUGUGGUUGUAAAGAUGGUGAACUGCUCUCAUGGUCUCCGUCAUAUGAAGGACGAAGGCUUGGCACAUGUUCGCCGGAAUCGAUGGAGACUGCCUCGGGCACAUCGCCGGCAAGACUGUCCUACAAAGCACACCAACAGCUGGCCAAGCGGAAUCCGCCGUCGUCUUUAGGUCGGCAGGACCUUCAAAACCCUUAA